GCGGCGCGCCAGCGCCAGGCCGACGAACUGGAACAGGACAUCGCACGCUGGCACGACACAUGGAACGACACAUGGCAGGGCCUCACGCAACCCCUGCAACUCGCGCCAGACAGUUGGCAACAGGCCGACACCCUCGCCGCAUCGGCCCAGGCCUGCGCCCGGCAGCUGGACACGCUCAAGCGCGCCGUGCAGGCCGCCGAGCAAGGCGAGCAGGCCGUGCAACAGGCCAAGGACGCCGCCCAACACAGCCGCCAGACACUGCAGACCGCGCAAGGCCAGCUUGCGCUGCAGCAGCAGGCCCUGGCCGACCACAGCGCACGCCGCGAAGAACUGCAGCAAUCCAUCGCCGGCCUGCAGGCCGAAGCCCAGGCGCUGAACGCGCAGUUGCAGGCUUCGCUCGGCGAGGCCGGCCACACCCUGCCCGACGACGCCCAGCCCUGGCUUGAAGCGCGCGAAGCCGAAUGGCAGCACUGGCAGCAGGCCCGGCACGACCUGCAGCAACUGGCCCAAUCGAUGGCCUUGCAGCGCAAGGAAUGCGAGGCGGCCGAGGCAGAUGCGCAGCGCUGGAAAAAGCAGUCGGAAACACAGUGCGAGGGUGCAGAGAACGGCGCAGCACCAUCCCGUCGAUACGGCUGUGGCAGAGCCGCCUUCACUCCCCAUGCCGCCCCUGGAACAGCUGCCGCAGGCCCUGGCCGAAUGCGCCAGCGACAUCGCCGCUCUCACGCGGCGUCAGGAUGCCCUGCAAGGCCAGCAGCAACAGGCCCAGGCCACGCUGGCCCGCCAGCGCGAGGAAGCGGCCCAGGCCGAAUCCGCAUGGCAGGCCGCCCUGAGCACCAGCCCCUUUGCCGACGAACCGCCUACCUGCAGGCCCUGCUGCCCGCACCCGAACGCCAGCGCCUGGUCGCGCUGCGCCAGCAACUGCAGGCGGCACAACAGCGCGCUGCCACCCUGCUCGAAGCCGCACAGCGCGAGCACGCGCAACUGCAGGCCCAGGCCCUGACCGAGGCGGCGCCCGAAGAAAUCCAGGCCCGCCUGCAAACGCUGGAGGAACGCCGCAACGCACUCAGCGAACAACUGGGCGGCGUCCGCACCCAGCUGGCCGACGACCAGCGCCGCCGCCAGGGCCAGCAGGCCCUGUUCGAGCGCAUUGCGGCCCAGGCCAGCGACAGCGAGCUGUGGCAGCACCUGGACGGCCUCAUCGGCUCGGCCAAGGGGGACAAAUACCGGCGCUUUGCCCAAGGCCUCACGCUGGACCACCUGCUGCACCUGGCCAACCUCCACCUGUCGCGCCUGCACGGCCGCUACCUGCUGCGCCGCAAGCCCGAGGGCGAGCUGGAACUGGACAUCGUCGACAGCUGGCAGGGCGACACCCCGCGCGACACGCGCACGCUAUCGGGCGGCGAGGCCUUCCUCGUCAGCCUGGCCCUGGCCCUGGCGCUGUCCGACCUGGUCAGCCACAAGACCUCCAUCGACUCCCUGUUCCUCGACGAAGGCUUCGGCACGCUCGAUGCCGACACGCUGGAGAUCGCACUCACCGCGCUGGACCGGCUCAACGACAGCGGCAAGAUGAUCGGCAUCAUCAGCCACGUGGAGGCGCUCAAGGAACGCAUCGCCGUGCAGGUGCGGGUGGAGAAAGGCGGUGGCGUGGGGCAUUCGAGGCUGGUGGUUUCUUCGUGA